AUGGCCGCCUCACAGAAGUGCGUUGCGGGACCGGCCCACGCAGGCCCGCCCACCACGGGGGAUCACGCUGCCCUGGGCUUGACAGGGGGCGCCUCCAUCGCCUUGCCCCGGCCCCCCUCGCAGCCCGCCCCCGACUCGCCCCUCCUGCUGGGGGCGCCCCUCAAGCCCUCCACCCCGCGGUCGCGGUCCCUUCCGGGCCUGCCGCCCAGCCCGCGCGGCGUCCUCCCGUCGCCGCUUCGACGCCCGCGGUCCCUGAGCCACGUCCCCGCAGUGUUCCCGCCGCCCACCGCCCACGGGCGCGCCGUUCCGCCGAUUGAGCCCCGCCUGGUCAGCGGGAAGCCUCCAGCCACGGCCGCAUCUCUGACGAGGGCGCCCUCAGGCCAGCACAGGUCUCGGGGCGGCCUGGGGCGCGAGGAGGGCGGGAUGUGGAAGAUGGUGUGUGGGGCGCCCCACUGGGACGCCUCGGCCAAGAAGAUGUGGAGUCCGGGGCCGCCCGUCCCGCGCGAGCCCGUCAAGCUGCCCUUCCUCGAGGUCACGCCCACCACAGUCCUGCAGAGGAUCCGGGACCGCAGCGCCGACGCCCACAGCGAUGAGAAAUGUUACCUGUACCUGGCGGAUAUUCCCCUGAAGGACGCCUGGUAUUUGGCUGAAUGA